AUGGCGUCCACCGCCGGCAGCUACGUACUCUUGAACUCGGAGCCUUCGCAGCCGCAAGAUCGUCUUGAGCACAAUCCUCCUCCGAAAUCUGACGCCGACGCCGUUAACGAGCCGGUCGAAGUGAACGGGAAAAAUGAUGGUCUUGUUGCUGCCGCAAGCCAGAACAGCGCAGCCAACGGAUCCGCCCCUGCUCCAAUAGUUAACGGCGCGAGGAAACGGCUCGAUGAGGAGAAAGCGAUAUAUGAGAAACACUUAUGUAAGGAAGGAGAGACCUCAUUGACAGGCAUCAAGCUCAGCGAGAACCUCGAAAAGAACCUCACGCACAAGACAAGGACGCCGCCACGAGAGAAGAAGCCAAACAAGCCGUCCAAACAACAGGAUGUACCCGAUGCUCAGCUUGCGAGCGGCCGAAGGGCUGGCGCAGGCUGGGAAAGGUCAGCGAUGCGAUGGGCUCCUCUGAAUGUACCACUUCAACGACGCCUUCAGACCCUGGCGGUCUUGUGGCAUACGACUUCCAUUCCUCUCUUCCUCUCUCUCUUCUUCUUGCUCUGUGCCAUUCCUCUCGCCUGGCCGCUUUUGAUUCCUUAUCUCAUCUAUACCCUUUUGAUCAGUGAGGAAGCUACAAAUGGGACACUUUCCCGAAGGUCCAAUUGGAUGCGCAGAUCUAAGUUCUGGUCUUUGUUCGCAUCCUAUUUCCCCGCUCGUUUGCAUCGCACUGUUGAGCUGGAGCCGACCCGAAAAUACAUAUUUGGGUACCACCCGCACGGAAUAAUCUCUCAUGGAGCAUUUGCGGCUUUCGCAACAGAAGCGCUCGGGUUCGCGGAUCUCUACCCUGGUAUAACAAACACUCUCUUAACACUCGACACCAAUUUUCGGGUUCCCUUCUAUCGAGAUUAUGCUUUGGCAAUGGGCUUAGCCUCCGUAUCACGAGAGUCCAUCGAAAAUCUGUUGUCUAAAGGUGGCCAUAAUGGCGAAGGCAUGGGUCGAGCGGUGACUAUUGUCAUCGGGGGCGCUCGAGAAAGUCUGGAUGCUCGGCCCCAUUCUCUACGACUCGUCCUCCGAAGCAGAAAAGGAUUCAUCAAGCUGGCAAUCCGGAUGGGUGCUGAUCUUGUUCCUGUGCUGGCUUUCGGUGAGAACGAACUGUACGAUCAAGUCGACAGCGUCGAACACCCUUGGAUUUACAAGGGACAAAUGAUUGUGAAAAAGAUGAUGGGAUUCACGAUUCCACUGUUUCAUGCUCGAGGCAUAUUCAACUAUGAUGUCGGGCUCAUGCCCUAUCGCCGCGCUGUCAAUAUUGUGGUGGGUCGACCCAUUAGAGUGGUCCAGCAAGGCAGUAAAGACAACAAAGUGGAUGAAGCGUACCUUGACCAAGUCCAUACUGAGUACGUGGCGGAGUUGGUCCGAUUGUGGGAUGGAUACAAAAACACUUUUGCCAAAGACCGAAAGGGAGAGCUCGAAAUUGUCGAGUAG